AUGUCUGAAUGGAUGGGAGACAGGGUUUCCAAGCAGGUGUUUGAUGAGAACGCGGUAGACCCGGCCGCCGCUGCCGCCUCGGAACUCGCGAAACUCAUGGUGAACGGAGCGGUGGAUCCGAGAACAGCGCCGCACAAGGCCAAGGUCCAGACGGACCCAGAGGAUAGCCCCAAACCUGCGGCCAAGGAGAAACCAAGACGGAGCAAAGGUGCCGUCGUGGGGGGUCUCGGACAGGUGAUUUUCGGUGAGCUUUGGGAGCUGAUCUUCCCCGCAGCCUCCCUGUCCCCCACCCUGGAGGACAUCAGGUGCGUGGUCCAGCAGGAGCUGAAGCAAGACGUCUUAGACCAGAUCAACGGCGUUCUACACGAUCUACAAGACGCCCUGUCUAUCAACUAUGCCGUCAACAAGCGAAACAGUGACAUCACAAAUCCUACCGACAGACAACGGCUACACGACUAUCUACAGGUAAGGAUUUCCUUUAGUCCGCUAGAGGGCGCAGAUCAAUGGCGGGCUUCCAAUGACACCCAGGGCCUCCCGGUGGUCUCCAAUAACCUUAUUUCCCUGAUGUUGCAGGGUCUGGAUCAGAACCUGACCACUACAGGAGUGAUCGGAACUCUGAUGCAGGAGAACUACGCCAAGAUCGGCUUGUCCUGCUUCCUUCUUCUGGCUGGGCUACGCAUCGCGCUGUAUCAGGAGAUGGCAGUGGUAGACCCUGAGAACAGGUCUCCAGACCUGAACCCGGCCCUGUCCCCGCGCUACGCCACACCACACACCGGUGUAGUGGCCAUGUAUGCCAGGGAGUACGCUCAACAUGUGGAACAGUGGUGGCCGCAUGUUAUAGACGACAGGGAGAACGCCAUCGUCUUUUACGAGUCCUACACGCUCGCUCCAGGUAACGGUGCGUUGGGGAAAAAGUUGUCUCUGUUUUCGGACAGAGCUACGGGACUGAAGGACCAAUCAGAAGGCCUGUACACAGAGUACAUGAAGGGCGCUAUAGAGAAACUCAGCAGCCGAUUCAGCAACCCUGUGGGGACAGUACUGAACUGGAAACGGCUGAUAAAAACGCCGAUCAACACGGCAGACAUGGGGGUUAAUUUGGACGACAAAGAUUGCUGCAUCUUGUGACCGACACAGCAGAGAUUGACUU